CCUCACUCUCCGACCAUCACUACACCCUCCUGAAUCCACUGACCAGCUUGCGGUCCUUGAACUAUUCCUCGAGCUGCGAAGCUUUCUAUCAUAACGGAAACGAAAUCACAUUCGCCCUCCAAGCCAUCCAUCCAACCACAACCAUGGCCCAGCACCCGCCCCAAGCACCACCCACCGACCCAACCCAACAACAACAACAACAACCCCCUCCCCCAACCCUCACAAACCCCCGCUUCACCCUCGAGCUCGAAUUCGUCUCCUCCCUCGCAAACCCCUACUACCUCUCCCACCUGGCCGUCACCUACCCCAACCUCCUGGGAAUCAGCCAGUCCACCGACGAGCCCGACCCAGCCGACACGACCAACCCUACCGCCUCGUCGCGCGACCCCGACGCCACAGCCUUCGCCGCCUACCUCGCCUACCUCUACUCCUACUGGAAGACGCCAGAAUACGCGCAAUUCCUGACACACCCGGGUGCGACGCUACGGGCGCUGCGCCUGCUACAGGAGGAGAAUUUCCGGCGCGAUGUGAUCCGGCCGGAUGUUGUGGAGGCAUUGGCCGGGAACGGAGUGGGGAUGUCGCAGGAGGUGCCAAUGGAGGAGGGGGAGAAAGCGAAGGGAGAGGAGCAGCAGGAUGGAAAUGGGAGCUAGGGGGGUUUCAUUUCGGGGUAUAUCUACCUGAGCAACUUGAUUAUCGAGAAUAUUGGACAUUGGGAUCGGGUGUAUGAAUAAGGUGGAUUUUACGAUGAAGGAUAAUGAGAGAAACGACCUGUUGAUACGACCUGGCGGAGAAAGGAGAAGAGGAGUCGUUCCCCGAAAGACGAACCACAGGCGCUGGGAUGUCAUGUGUGACCGAGGUACAGGAUCUUCGGUCGCACUGGUGUCUCUCUGGGUCACUCCGUGAGACCUGGGCUAGUUUUCUGGGGCGGUCAAACGCGAAAAGCGAUCGCUGGGUAGACUGGGGCCUACGACAGAUUUGGCGACGGGUCUCAAAGUCUAGUCUCAAGAAUAGGGACGAUCGGGGAUUUG